CCGACGAUUAGUCGCUUGGUUCAAAGAGGCCACUCGUGUAAAACCCGCCCUGCCUUACAUGUAUGAUUGAUCCCAACCAAUCCAACAUCCAAAAUCCAGCAAGCAAAGGGUCUCGAGGCUACUCGCUGUCUACCAGAGACACAAACUACGAGUGACACCAAUUUGUCACCACCCACCCAUCCAAUGGAGCCCAAACCGAUAUAUAACACACAUACACACGGGCUACUCCUCCCCCUCAACCACUUCGUUGGGCAGCGUCGUCCGGCUAAUUCCCCCUUCAUCCCUACUGUCCUCAUUCCGCAGCACGUCCUGCCCUGGGCCGAUUUCUCUCACCAGGUGCAACGGUGCGCUUUGUGUCUGCUCGUGGGGGUUGGUGUCAUCUGCCCGCCUUGGCGACGUGUCAUGGGAGAGUGGGGGUAUGUCGGGGGGAGGGGGUGGGUUGCGGCCGAGGACGUCUCGGUAUAUUUCCGAUAUCAUGAUCUCCAGGUGGGAGAUCCGAGCGUCUUGGUAUCUCACGCGCUUCGCCAUCCUCUCUAAUUGGACUUGUGCAAGGGCAUUGCUGGUCGAGGUGCCAUGCAGCUGCCAGAGAGAGAGAGAGAGAGGAAGACAGCGGAGACAUGGAUAAGCGAGUGAAAACGAGCGACCCCACCCCUGUGUGGCCAUCCAUAUCUGUCUUUCACCUGUCUGUGUAUUCUUGAGGUGACGGCGUUGACCCUUUGAAGGUCGAACUUGGUCGCGUCAGCUGAACAGACAGAGAGAAGCGCAUGUAGACGUGUGAAUGGAAUGGACAAACGACGGCCUCCAUUCCCUCCACAUGUCAUGUGGGCUUCACUUGCAUACCCUUGAGGCUGAGCACACCCUGCGAGCAUUGUACAACGCAACACAACACACAAGAGACAAAACGAAACGACGCAUCAUACAUACAGCAUUCCGCUAUGUAUGGGUCUACUCGCGCACCUUGACGAAUUCAUCUGACCAAGAGAGACAGCACAGCAGACAGGACACCGCUUUACGGGGGCCCUUUCAGCCGCAUAUAAUGCUGCCUGCUGUCCUGCGCCUUUACCUACCUAUGUUGACGAUGCCGUCAUUGUUCUCAUCCACGAGGUCGAAGCAGGCGUCCAGCUGCUUCUGUGUCAACCCUAUAUUGCAUAACCGAUCAGCCACCUCAUCCUCCUCGACCAGCUCCAGCAACUCCUGAAUGAAUGAAUGCAUUCAUUAAGAGAGGCAUGACUGACUCAAGCACCGCCUGAGUACCUACCUCUCGGGUGACGGUUCCGUCCUGGUUCUUGUCGGCCUCAACAAACAACUGAUGCAGCUCUCGCACGAUCUGAGACACAUACAGCCAUGCUCGUCUCGUGUGCAUCGCAUGCCGUCCUCUGUGCGACUCAACUCCGCCCAUUCAUUCUGCCCAUCCAUCCAUACCUGCAGGUGCUGGAAGUGGUGAAAGUCGGCCUCUUCGCGGGCCACCAGCAUCGUCUGCUCCACAAAUAUACCUAGACACGCAGCCAGCACCCACCGUACACAUACAGAUGUGUGUCAAGAAUGCCGGUGGUGCCAUGCAUGGCCACCGGUGACAAGAUUUAGUAUCGCGAGUGUGGUGAAGCAGAUGUAGACGACAAAGAAGAUCCACGCCCUCGGGUAGGCGCGCUCCAUAGGACGAGCCAUCGAGCUCGCCCACGCCUCUAGCGUCAUGAUCUGAUCCAUGAUAAGAUUACAUAAGCCAUCUCCGGCGAAGCAAGCCAGAACAUGUCUGUACACUAAUGAUGAAUGUGCGUCGCUCAUCCCACCUGGAAAAGAGAGUAUGCGCUCUCGCCCACGCCCCCGAAGUAGAAGCGGGACACAAUGUAUGAGCUGUCCUCAUCGCCGCCCUGCCAGUCGAUCUCAUCCACCUCGUUCUCCGGCCUCUCUAUACCGUACAUCUGCGUCGUGAACACCGCACAGCUGCACAAGCACACAGACGCUUCGUUGGUAGAUGGAGAGACACACCGGAGGGGGUGGAUGUGUGUGUCUCACGUCGCCCAUUCAUUACAUGAAGAUAAAGAGGCACAGCAAUAGCAUAACCCAGAAAAGGGCCGUGAUGCCCUUGAUCAGCCCCUUAACCAGCAGCUGCAGCUGCCUGAACAACUUGAGCACCCUUAGCACUCUCACCACUCGAAUCAGCCGGACCACACGCAGCACGCUGAAUGCCCUCAGUUUCGGUCCCCCUUGUGUGUCUGCCGUCUGGGCCGAGCCGUAGAUGACUUCCCCAAACAAGCCAAAGGCGAUGUCGUCCACCACCGACACCACCACCAACACAAAAUCAAACCUGACAAACAAACAUACAUACCCAACAUAUGGAUCCCGGCAGGGCAGGAACAGCCAGCGAUUUGCUGACCCACACGGACCAGUUGAAUGCCCCUCUGAAGAACAGGAGGCCAUAGGCGUACAGCCGCAGCAGCAACUCGACCAGGAAAACCAUGGAAAUGGACACAUUGAGAGGGAUAUUCUGCUGUAGCUCCCCCUUCUGCGCGCUCCGCUCGGUCUCAACGCAGACAACAAUCGAGUUGGCCACAAUCACCGACCCGAUAAAGAGCCCGAACGUGUUUGACUCCACCAGCCGCCUCACCCUCCGCUGACUCGGCAGCCUCCCCUGCAGCCCCAGUCUCCACGCAUCCAGUGCAGUGUCCGGAGUCUCUGUCGAGAGCUGGAAUGAUUUGCGGGUCUUUCCCGGCUGGUGAAACGUCAGCUUUGACGUGUCCAUCACUUUGGCCUUCGGAGGCGAUUCGUCCGAGUCGCUGCUGCCGCUGGGCACCUCUCUCACGUCCACAUCUGGGCUGAAGCGGCCCUUCUUCGGAGAGCCUGCCGGGGAUCGCUCUUUCUUGGGCGACGCAGAGUGCGAUGCGUAGGGGCUGCUUCUCGACAGCGUGUUGAGGAAGUCGUCGAACAAAGCGUCUUGGCUGCCUUGGGUCUUGUGCACAGGGGACCGGUUGGGCGACCGCAGUGCUGCAGAGGCGCCGCGAAAACUGCCCUUCAUCAAGCCGCCGUCGCAGAGCUGCUGGAGAUGGCGCGCUGACGAGCCGCACGAGAAGGCGCAGGCGAAGUUCAAG